CCAAUGAUGAACUCAGUGGAUUAACCAUACAUCGGAAAAUUCAUUCAUAUGUCAUACUGCUGUAAAGAAUACCCCCGAGUUCCACAAUUAAUUUGAGGAAAUCUGACAGAAAAUACCUCAAUGAACGCGUAAAAUCAAUGAUGCCGUCGCCGGGGAAGUUUUUCAUUUUCAAUCCAGAUCAUUAAUCUCCUGCCAAAAAGCCGUUGAAGGGACCGAACCUGAAGCAGCUGCCGUGUAAGAUGCUGAGGAUUGUGUCAUCGAUUUUAGCGCUGUUCUUUGCAAUGAGCUGUUGUUCGAGGCACGACCCUGAGGAUUUUCUGAAUGACGAGGAUAUUGCCUUGGAGCUCAUAGGUCCGUACGCCGGGAACACCGUCAAUACUCUGGCUCAUUUGGACGUAAGCCCACUUAAUGCCAAGCCCUCAGUGAUGGGGACUGACAGCUCAUGUACUGAAGGGGGACGACUGGAUAAGGGUUACACGAGGCCGAAAGAAUACGUAGUGACUGAAUGGCCGGUGAAGGAGAACGUGGUGCCCGACUUCUGGUCCCUGGUUUACGACCACGACUGCCCGGCCAUCGUGGUUCUUUGCACUCCGGAACGAUCCCCGGAUGAAAACUUCAACUACGGGGAAGAUGAUGAUGUUGAUGAUGUCCCAGUUCAAGGAUUGGCCUUUUUCCGAACGAAUCGGAUGGGAAAGCUUUUUUGGUGUCGACCUUAUUCGAUUGUGUCGCUGACAGAACUGAUGGCUGGAGUGAAAGCAGAGCCCAAGACUUGUCAGCUUUUCCAGCUCACUUGCUGGCCCGAGGGUCACAAAGUUCCGCUGUCGACGAAUUCCCUGGUGGAACUCAUGAACAUGGUGGAACGGUGGAGAGCCAAGACAGACUACGGACCAGUCGUUGUAGUUUCU